AUGACUGGCUGCCAAGGUGCAUUUUCUUGGAAGCAAUCAGCCACAUCGUCCUCCCUGGGAACAGCUGAAAACGAGAAAGGACAAUACAUAUCUCCAUUUCACGAUAUUCCAAUUUAUGCAGCUCAGGGUGUGUUCCACAUGGUGGUUGAAGUGCCCCGAUGGUCUAACGCCAAAAUGGAGAUCGCUACUAAGGACCCUUUAAACCCAAUCAAGCAAGAUGUGAAAAAAGGAAAGCUCCGUUAUGUUGCCAAUUUGUUCCCUUAUAAAGGCUACAUCUGGAACUAUGGUGCCAUUCCUCAGGGAUGUGGUUACUGGCUUGACUGUGGUUAUAACACUCAGGUAUGCACGAGAGGAGAGAUCAUCCGUGUGAAAGUGUUGGGCAUACUCGCCAUGAUUGACGAAGGGGAGACCGACUGGAAAGUCAUUGCCAUUAAUGUGGACGAUCCGGACGCGCCCAAUUUCAAUGAUAUUAAUGAUGUCAAACGUCUGAAGCCCGGAUAUCUAGAAGCUACUGUGGACUGGUUCAGAAGGUACAAGGUUCCUGAUGGAAAACCAGAAAACGAGUUUGCUUUCAAUGCAGAAUUUAAAGAUAAGGAUUUUGCCGUGGAUAUUAUUAAAAGCACCCAUGACCAUUGGAAAGCACUGGUGACUAAGAAAACAGAUGGAAAAGGAAUCAGUUGCAUGAAUACAACCGUGUCGGAGAGCCCCUUCAAGUGUGACCCUGGUGCUGCCAAAGCCAUUGUGGAUGCUUUACCACCACCUUGUGAAUCUGGCUGCACAAUACCAGCAGAUGUGAACAAAUGGUACCAUCACCAGAAAAACUGAUGGCAUUUCUCUGGAACACGGAAUGCUAGUGGACAGCGCUGCCCUCUCUUCAUCUGGAUGCAAAAGUAGUAGCUUUUCAAAGCUUCCAAUGUGUAGACCUAAUUGAACCAAAAUUUUUUGAGCAAUCGCAUAUACUCAGAAUGUCUAAGCGUUUUUAAUAUUUCAGCUACAUAACAGGACAUGCACAUUACAUAUCACAAUGGUUGUAAUUUGGAAAAUAUGGUAGUCGUUCAUAGAUGUGCAAGAUUUGCACAUAUUGGAUGUGUGUGGGUAUGUAUACGUCCACGUGUUAGAAAAUAAAAUUAUUUUGCUGAAA